AUGCGUGAUCCGUUGAAAUCGGUGCCGAUUUCAUUCAAUACCGAUAAAUAUCUUUCGGUCGAUACGCACGGCGGUGUUCGUCAAGUGACGCCAGAUGUCUGGGCUCAAGCCAUGGAAGCCUACCAGCCUGAUCUUUGUGCCAGCAUGUGCGAUUUCGUCACCGACGAAGACGCUAAAUUAAAACGAAUCAAACGUUCAGUCGAUCGCACUUUGCGUUGGUUAGACACAUGUAAAUCAAAAGCCGACAGCCUGGAAAUCCCACUGUUCGCUCCAGUUGUGGGCAGCGACAGCGCCGAAGAACGCAAACGAUCGGCUAUUGAAACCGCACAACGUGAUGUGCAAGGUUUCAUUCUGAACGUGUUUGGUUUAAAAAACGAAGAUUUGGAGUCACUGAUCCGAGCCUCGGUCGAUCAGCUGCCUGCCUCCAAGCCUCGAUUGGCGUACGGAUUGGCCACACCAGAAAACAUCCUGCGAGGAGUUGCCAAUGGAAUUGAUCUUUUUGAUGGCAGUUACGCAUACAAGGUGACCCAGAGAGGCCACGCGAUCACUUUCAAGUUUGGCGAUCAGUUAACAGAGUCCAGCAAAGACAAGCAAGCCAAGACCCUCAGCUUAUGGAGAACCGAGCUCAACCGAUCCUUUGAGCCUCUGGAUGCAUCCUGUGGAUGCUACAGUUGUACUGCCCCCCACACCAAAGCUUAUAUCCAUCAUUUACUCAAUGCGCACGAAAUGUUGGGACCGCUGCUGCUAAUGAGUCAUAAUUUGCAUCAGCUUCACGAAUUCAUGGCUUCCAUUCGCCGUAGUAUCGAAGGCAAUCGAUUCGAUCAAGAUGUAGAAGCUUUCCUGAAACACUACGAGCAGGACAAGGAUGCCAAAAAGGAUGAAGAGCACAGUGAUGAGAUCGAUGCCGAAUCACUGGGCGUACCGUUGAAAAAGAAACGCACACUUUUGUUAUAG